AUGCCACGUCAUCAGCGAUGACUUCAUCAUCUCGUGGAUAUCAACGAGUUGACUCUAGUGGUGAUGGUGGCAGUCUACUUAUGGAAGAGGAAGGUGAUAAUCCACAUGAAGCAUUGCUUCAUCGUAAUAACGAUGAUUACGCUUCAACAUACCACCACGUAGGAGUUGAAUAUGACAGCUAUGAAGAACUUGAACGGCAUGAGAUGGAUGAUCGAGUCACUGAAAUUCCAGAAGGAUUUCAUAGACGGCAGAGAAGGAACUUGAUUUACGGAGAUGACGUGGCAACAGAUGAAGAGUUGAGAGUUUUGAGGAGGGAAGCUUUAUUCGGUGAAGAAGUAACAAGAGCUGGACUUGGAAGAGCUGAAUAUUAUGAAGAUAGUCAUUUAAUUCACAGUUGUGAUAAGAGUGGCCAUGAAGAUAUCGACGAUGAAAGUGAUGAUGAAAGUAAAGAUGAAGAUGAAGAAGAAGAGGAGACUGGAAUCAGGAAGUUUGCUAAACUCGUCCUACCUCAUGUUGCACUUGUACUUCUAACGUGUACAUAUACAGUAAUUGGAGCAUUGAUAUUUUAUAGUGUUGAGCAGCCGCACGAGCAAAUGAUGAAGGAACAACAGCUUAAACUGAUCUACACUCGUCAAAAUGAGUUUGUUGACGACUUAAUUCGUUUGGCUGCUGGAAAUGAGACAAAACGAUACGAAUGGGAGUCACUAGCCGAACGGCACAUGCACAAUAUGUCCGAUCAGCUGUUUGUCGCAUUUGAGAAGUAUUUCUUGACGAGUAACGAGGUAAAAAAGAACGCAGCAACGGAGACAUGGACAUUUUCAUCGUCCAUUUUCUUUGCCGUAACCGUCGUCACUACCAUCGGAUACGGUAAUCCAGUUCCAGUGACAAACAUUGGACGGAUAUGGUGUAUAUUGUUCUCCUUGCUUGGAAUACCUCUAACACUGGUUACCAUCGCUGACUUGGGUAAAUUCCUAUCUGAACAUCUUGUUUGGUUGUAUGGAAACUAUUUGAAAUUAAAAUAUCUCAUAUUGUCACGACAUCGAAAAGAACGGAGAGAGCACGUUUGUGAGCACUGUCACAGUCAUGGAAUGGGGCAUGAUAUGAAUAUCGAGGAGAAAAGAAUUCCUGCAUUCCUGGUAUUAGCUAUUCUGAUAGUAUAUACAGCGUUUGGCGGUGUCCUAAUGUCAAAAUUAGAGCCGUGGUCUUUCUUCACUUCAUUCUACUGGUCCUUCAUUACAAUGACUACUGUCGGGUUUGGCGACUUGAUGCCCAGAAGGGACGGAUACAUGUAUAUCAUAUUGCUCUAUAUCAUUUUAGGUCUUGCAAUAACUACAAUGUGCAUUGAUUUGGUAGGAGUACAGUAUAUUCGAAAGAUUCAUUAUUUCGGAAGAAAAAUUCAAGACGCUAGAUCUGCAUUGGCGGUUGUAGGAGGAAAGGUAGUCCUUGUAUCAGAACUCUACGCAAAUUUAAUGCAAAAGCGAGCUCGUAACAUGUCCCGAGAAGCUUUUAUAGUGGAGAAUCUCUAUGUUUCCAAACACAUCAUACCAUUCAUACCAACUGAUAUCCGAUGUAUUCGAUAUAUUGAUCAAACUGCCGAUGCUGCUACCAUUUCCACGUCAUCGUCUGCAAUUGAUAUGCAAAGUUGUAGAUUUUGUCAUUCAAGAUAUUCUCUCAAUCGUGCAUUCAAAUAGAUUUUCCAUUUUUAUAUUUUGUCAUCUUUUUUAGUUUUCAAAUAGGGAAAAUGGUUUUCUCAAAUCAGUAUUUCAGUUUUGAGACAUUUUUCUCCAUUAUUUUAAUGGGUUCUAAAUACAGUCAUCGCGUGUUUAAUAUAACCUUCAAGAUGAAAAAUGAAAAAUUCUGUGCAAAAAAAACCACUUUUCCAUUUUGAAAUUUCAAUUAUUUCACAUCCUUAACUCACCGCCCUUUCCCUAAUUAAAAACGGGCUAAAAUUUCUAUAAAUUAUCGAUUUUUUUUCAUUUUCUUUCCCUUUUCCAAAAAAAUGUCACCGUAUUUUCACAUCCAGGUGAUCUGCUCUUUCAAACUAUCCCGAAAACCUUGCUUUUUAUAAAGUUUGCCUGAACAGAUCACAAUGAUUUCAUAUCUUUUCAAUUCCAUCUUCACACGACAUUCCGUUUUUCAUAUUUUGUCCUAUAAAAUAUUUUGCUAGUUGUAUUUUUAUUUUACAAUAAAUUUUGAUUAAUUUG